ACCAUGUCUCAAACUACCCUCGAAACAUACUUCUCUAAGGUUGACGAAUUAAAGCCGGCCUUUAUCCAAAGAUUGAGCGAUGCCGUUGCCAUUCCUUCCGUCUCCAGUGACGAAGGCUUAAGACCACAGGUCGUCGAGAUGGCCCAUUACUUGAAGGAGCAGUUGGCAAACUUGGGUGCUGUCGACAUCGAGUUGAAGGAGCUAGGCACUCAGCCACCCCCAGUCAUUAACUCCACCUUGCAAUUGCCACCAGUUGUCUUGUCCCGUUUCGGUAAGGACCCAUCUAAGAAGACCGUUUUGAUCUACGGUCACUACGAUGUCCAACCAGCUCUCCUCGAAGACGGUUGGAACACUAACCCAUUCGAGUUGGUCUUGAAGGACGACAAGUUGUACGGUAGAGGCUCUACCGACGACAAGGGCCCAGUCAUUGGGUGGUUGAACGCUAUUGAGGCCCACAGAAAUGCCGGGAUUGAGUUGCCUGUCAACAUUGUCACCUGUUUCGAAGGUAUGGAAGAAUCCGGUUCCCUUGGACUCGAUGAGUUGAUCGAACAGGAGAGGGAUGCCUACUUCAAGGGUGUGGAUGCCGUCUGUAUUUCGGACAACUACUGGUUGGGUACCAAGAAGCCAGUCUUGACUUAUGGAUUGAGAGGGUGUAACUACUACCAGGUCUCCAUCAAGGGUCCAGGUGCCGAUUUGCACUCUGGUAUCUUUGGCGGUGUCAUUGCCGAGCCAAUGACCGACUUGGUUCGCGUUUUGGCCACUCUUGUUAACGGCCAGGGUGAAAUCCAGAUCCCGGGCAUCAUGGAGAUGGUUGCCCCAGUCACCCCAGAGGAAGAAGCGUUGUAUAAGGACAUCGACUUUGACGUCUCUGACUUGACUGCCGCCUCUGGUUCCAACACCGCUUUGUACCAGUCUAAGAAGGACAUCUUGAUGCACAGAUGGAGAUUUCCAUCGUUGUCCAUCCACGGUGUCGAAGGUGCUUUCUCCUCCGGUGGUGCCAAGACCGUCAUUCCAUCCAAGGUUAUCGGUAAGUUCUCCAUCAGAACCGUUCCAAACAUCGAAUCCGCUAAGUUGGACCAGAUUGUUAUCGAUUAUGUCAAUGCCGAAUUCGCCAAGUUGGGCUCGCCAAACACAGCCACCUGUGAGUUGAUCCACGACGGUGCCUACUGGGUUUCUAACCCACACAAUGCCUCUUUCACUGCCGCCGCCAAGGCCACCAAGGCUGUUUGGGGCGUUGAACCAGAUUUGACCAGAGAGGGUGGUUCUAUCCCAAUCACCUUGUCUUUCGAGGAGAAGUUAAAGACCUCCGUCUUGUUGUUGCCAAUGGGUAGAGGUGACGAUGGUGCCCACUCCAUUAACGAAAAGGUCGACAUGUCCAACUACAUCGGUGGUAUCAAGACCUUGGGUGCCUACUUGCACUACUAUGCUGCCUCUGACACCAACUGAGCGUGGCAGUACGAACUCUAUUUAUGUCCUAAAGAAACGGCUCUGUAAUAAAACUUGGAUGUGUAAGCUGUGAGGGUAAAUGGGAACCAGAAUCCGACUAAAUGCUGGUUCAAGUUGGUUAAGGGGUGUAUAGAAUAAUUUCAGCCCUAAGGAAUGGCUUAGCCGGGGUUAUACUCCACCUCUAAUACGAGCUGCCUUUAGUCGCGAAGGUUCCGACAGUCCUGGCUGUCCUACGAUUAAUGUUAAUGAGCUGCCC